AUGGCUACGCAUACAGAGGGAGUCAAACGUCGUGGUAAACAACUAAGAGGGAAUGCAUCAAAAAAACAGAAAUCAUCCGGAAUAAAUGAUAAAAAUGAGAAUGAAAAUAAUGGUGAUUUAAAAAAAAUUUUCGACCAAAUAUUACCACCACAAUUUUUUAAACCCGAAGCAUGGAAUCUAUUAAAUCAUGAAAUUGGUUAUGCCUAUCCUGAUUUACCGGAUAUAACAAAAUUAUUAUCAUAUUCAUCUGUCAAUGGGAAAAGUUUUACCUGUCCAUUAUGUCAUAGUACAUUUAUAUCACGAGAAGGUUUUAUCUAUCAUGUUUAUAAUAAAUGUCAAAAUUUAAAUUUACCAAAAACUAAUUGUUAUUGUUUAUUUUGUGGUCGAAAAUAUACACAUGUCAAUGUUGUUCGAAAACAUAUUCGAGAUGAGCAUUAUGAUCCACAACCAAUAAAAAAGACACCCAAAAAACGAGAAAAAUCGAAACGAAAAAUUUCAAAUUCUGAUGAUGAACAUUAUGACAAUGACGAUGACUAUUCGGAUGAAGAAGAUGAUGGAAAAAGAAAACGUUUAAAAAUUGCAUCACAGGAUCAGUUUCAAUAUAGAGCACACGGUCAAUUUAUACUUUCAAUAGAAUUAUCAAAUCAAUGUAAAGAAGAAUUUGCUAAAAUGAAAUUUGUUGAAAAAUGUCCAUUUUGUGAUUGUGCACCAUCAAAUAAAAAAGAAAAAUAUUCAACAUGGGAAAAAUUAGAUGCACACUGGCAAUCAACAUGUUCAAUGGCUAAGCAAAAAUUGUCGACAACUACUUCCAAAACACGACAAUCAACAAUAACACCAACGAAACGACAGUCAAUUAUAUCAUCUGGUACAGAAAGUGAACAAUGGAAAAAUUAUAGAAAUGAUCUUGAUAAUGGAAAUAUUCCACUUCAUCCAUUAACAUUAAAUGAAAAUGCAUUUAAUAUAGCACUUAAAUUACGUCAUCAACAACAAAGUACCAAAAUAGAAUGUAGAAUUGAUUAUUUGAAUAAUGAGAACGAAAUUAAGAUUGAAAAUGUGACUGAUGAUACAUUUAUCCAUGAUUAUUUGUCACAGAAUAAUGCUGUUUUACUAUCAAAAGAUAUUGAAAAUUCUUGUAUAAAAUCGACAAUAUCCUUGUCAUCAUUAAAGUCUAUUAUUCAUAAUAAUUUUUUUACAUUAAAUACGGGCAAUCCUGUUUAUGCAAUAGAUUGGUUGACAAUGCCGACAACAAAUUCUUUGUCAAAUAAACAAUAUUUAGCUGUUGGUGGUACACGUUCAUCUCUCGUUAAUAAACAUUAUUAUAACGAAAAUUAUACGUAUAAAAAUUGUAUUCAGUUAUGGGAAUUUGAUUUGUCUGAUAUAAAAACAUGUACAUAUCCAAAACAUUAUCGACUCGUUUGUUAUUUACCAAUAAAAAAAUCCGGUGCUAUUUGGAAUUUAAAAUGGGCACCAUAUCAAAAUCAUGAACAUAAUAAAAAUGAUUUAGGAUAUUUAGCUGCUGCGUGUAGUUCUGGUCAUAUUUAUAUUCAUAAUAUUAUUGAGCAAUCGUCAGAUAAAUCAGCAACAACAACAGUGUAUCCAUUUUAUAACUCAACAAAACAAUUAAAAUUAUCUUUAAAUCAUCAUGGUUCAUUACCACAAUGUUUAUCAAUUGAUUGGAGUAAAUUGGAUCCAUCAAGAAUAAUUUCAUCAUACAGUAAUGGUUAUAUUGCAUUAUUCAAUGUUAAUAUCACCGCUUCGUAUCUCACACAAACAAAUAAAAAUGGUGAAAAAGAAAUUUGGCCUAUACGUACAAUUCAAAUAUCAUUUACACCUAUUCGAGAUGUGAAAUUUUUAAAUGAAUCCGAUAGUUUUGUUAUGACAGUUUCCGGAAUGGCAAAACGAUUUAGGAUAUUUUCUCGAAUGAGUGCUUAUUUAGCAUGUGCCGAUAUUGACAAUAGUCAUCCAAAACAUAUUUAUUUUCAACCGACACCUGAUCAUGUUUUAAGUGUUGAUUAUUCCGACUGGCUUGAUUCAGCUGUUUUAUGUGACUCAAAUGGACACGUGUAUUUUUAUCGUUUAACAAAUUUUGUUCGUUGGACAAGAAAAAAUGAAUGUUCAACAAAAUAUCGUGUGCAAAUUCUUAAUAUACCAUCAUUCUUGCAAAAAUCAUCAAGGGACAGUCAACAAUCAAUAAGUUCGAACAGUAAAUCAUCGCCAUUGAAACAAGUUAAUCAAAAAGGUUCACUUACAACUAGUAAAAAUGAAUCGAUAAAUAAUGACUGUGAUGAUACCUAUGAAAAAGGCGCGUAUUCUGAAUUAAUCAAAAAAUAUUCUUUGAAUAUAAAUGCCUGUUGUGAGUCAAAUUUUGUCAGUAAACAAGACGAUUUUAGCAAAGCUGGUAGUUAUUCUUUGAAUGCCUUGCAUAAAAUUCGUUUUAAUCCUAAUCUUGGUUCUCAUACAUGGUGUGCAGCGGGUGGUGAAUCUGGUCUUCUUAUACUAUUACCGUUGACGCGUGCUUGUGCGACAAUUGCAGAUCUACAUUACAAAGAAGAAAACAAACAUUAA